CUCAUUCAUUGGUUUUCAUCUCCCUCGCUCUGGUUUCUGACCUUUCUCUUUCCCCAAGAAAGAGACAAAGAGAGAAAAAAGCUCCAUUGAUCUGAGCUCUGCAACAAUAAGCAUUGUUUUUCUGUCCAAUCCACGAGCUCGAGCUGUUUCAUAAGCUCACUCCACCUUUGAUUUUGCUCCAACUACGCGACAUUCUUCUCUUGUUCAUUUUCCCCUCUUUUCAGCCAUUUCUUUUUUUGGCAAUUUCUUGUUUCAAGGAUUUUUGUUCUGUUCGCAUGACCAAAUCACUCGGCGUUACCAUUGGCAUCCUUGCCCUAAUCUGCAAGCUAAUCGAGGAAUCUAUGUGUUGUUACAUACUUAGAAGCUUAGGUUCUAGUGGUUCUGGUGAUUCUGGUGAAUUCUGGUGGGUGCAUUUUGAUUCCUCAGGAUAAAUGCUUGUCGCUUGGGAUUUAGGGUUUCAGAGCCUUGUUCUUGCGGCGUGUUUGGUUAUUCCUGUUAUUAUUCUUGUUAUUCGUCACAAAUGGCGGCUUGGUAUGGCGAGGAAGGAAGAGAUCAACUGGCUAUUGGUCUUGGCGUCGGAGGAAGCUGCUAAGAUUGAACAUGAGGCUUCGUUUGGGUACAUUCCUGCGCCGGUUUCUCUGAAUCUUCACUGUGCUCUUUGUUUCAGUCCCACGACUACCCGCUGCGCUCGUUGUAAAGCAGUUCGAUACUGUUCUGGUCAUUGUCAAAUUAUUCACUGGCGUCAAGGUCAUAAAGACGAAUGCCGCCCACCCAAAACGUCAGAUUGGUCUUCGGAGAAGGAAAAGGAUUCCGAGGACAAGUUAGGAGUCCAAUCCCACUCUGGAAGCUGUGGCAAAAAGUUUGAUACUGACAAUGGGCAACAUGUAGAACCAGAUAAGAUCUUGUAUGAUAAACUUACAUCUCCAGACUCUGGUUACUCUAGUCAUAGUCCAAGUCAAAAGGAUGUUAGUGUGAAGUUGCACGCAGAUGAGGCCGGAAAUUCAACUUCAGAACUGCCAGAUACUAAUUUAUAUGAAUUCCACUCUUCUACAUCAAACACUGAAUCAUCUGAUGAUGUGUUUGUGAGUGAGAAUGAGAGCGUGUCCAGUUCCCCACGAUCUGAAGGAUAUUCGUCUGCUCAAAAUUCCUUUGACAAGGAUAAUUCUACAUCCAGAGUAUCAAUUGUUGGCCCAAACAAGCCAUUAUCUCCUAACUAUGCUCACUUUGUAAACCAAACUGAAAGUCAGCCCGUAGUCACUGGGAUUGGAACAGAUUAUGAUACCCCUUCAAGGGCUGCUAAAGUUAGAGGUAUAAGUGGGAGCUGUGAAGCUGCUUCUUCCAAUUUUCAAUGUACUAAUGGAAAUUCUACUGGGGCGAAAUGUGAUUUUCAUGAAGACUCUGUCCCAUCUAGUAUUAAUGGUGCCAACAGCAGAAACGAUUCAGGAAACCAUUCGUUACUGCGUUUUUCAUUCAGCUUAUCUGGAGGUACUUCUCAGUCCAAAGCACAAGUAGCUCAAGUAAAUGAAAAUGUAGCCGAUGGUAAUCUUCCUCCUACUUUGGGGAUUUGCAAAACUAGUGAAUCUACUUUGCUAACAGCUAUCAAGGCAGAAUCUUUAAAGGUUAGACAUUCCCCAUCAAGCUGCAAAGGCUCUCAAGAUAUAGAUAACACCGCUAAGAAAUUGUCAGAUCGCCCUGUAGUGAGUUCCAUGUUAUCUUCUUCCACUUGUAUCAAUCCGUUUCCUGUUGCUUCUAAAUCUGAAUCAAGUAGUGUUCGUGAUUCAAAUACUAGUAUGUCAGUACCCUUGAAGUCUGAAAGGUCGGGCCCUGUUUUCAUCGAGCCAGGUGAUGCACCAAGUAUUUCAAAGCAUUGUGGCCAUGGAUAUUUAGUGGAUGAUUCAAGUGUUCAUUUGCCUUCAAGUAUUGGAAGGGACCCAGUUCCUCCAAUUCAUUCUAGAAAAAUUGGUGCCAUACAAGUUGGUGCUGGCAUUUCCUCUCUGGAUGUGAACUUAUUGUCAAAGCCAGUUUAUGGCUUCAGACCUUUUGCUCCCAAUGAGCUUAGAAAAUCUAAUUCAGAUCGUUCGGUUCGUGGUUAUGUAGCUAAUGGCAAUGGGAAUACUGGAAAACACAAUAACAAGGGAGACUUUCCAUAUGAGCUUUUUAUCAACCUAUAUAAUUGGAAUAAAGUGGAGCUCCAACCAUCUGGCCUUGUCAACUGCGGGAACAGCUGUUAUGCAAAUGUAGUACUCCAGUGUUUGACAUUCACUCCUCCUUUGACAGCCUAUUUUCUUCAGGGGCUGCAUUCUAAAGCAUGUGCCAAGGAGAGAUGGUGUUUUACCUGUGAGUUUGAAAGUCUAAUACUUGAGGCAAAAGAAGGCAAAUCUCCACUAUCUCCUCUCAGAAUAAUUUCUCAACUGAAAAAAAUUGGAAGUCAACUCGUCAACGGAAAAGAGGAGGAUGCGCACGAGUUUUUGAGGUGUGCUAUUGACACAAUGCAAUCUAUUUGCUUUAUGGAAGCUCAAGCAGGUCGAUCAGGCCCCGUGGAAGAAGAAACAACUCUAAUCGACCUUACAUUUGGAGGCUAUCUUCUAUCAAAGAUCAAAUGCACAAGGUGUGAGAACAAAUCCGAACGAAUCGAAAGGAUUUUAGAUCUUACUGUUGAGAUAAGUGGGGAUAUUGAAACAAUCGAAGAGGCCCUUCAACAAUAUACAAACCCUGAGGUUUUAGACGGGGACAAUAGAUACCAAUGUAGCAGAUGCAAAUCUUACGUGAAAGCGAAGAAAAGGCUAUCAAUAUUGGAGGCUCCCAACAUCCUGACCAUAGCAUUAAAACGAUUCCAGUCAGGCAAAUUUGGGAAGCUGAAUAAGCCGGUUAUUUUUUCGGAAAUCCUAGAUUUGGCCCCCUAUAUGAGUAGCAGAAGUGAUAAGUCACCUGUAUACAGGCUUUAUGGAGUGAUUGUUCAUUUGGAUGUCAUGAAUGCCGCAUUUUCUGGUCACUAUGUGUGCUAUAUCAGGAAUAAUCAAAACAAGUGGUUCAAGAUUGAUGAUAGCGCGGUAACAGCUAUGGAUCUUGAAAACGUACUAACAAGAGGGGCAUACAUGCUCUUUUAUGCAAGAUGCUCACCUAGGGCCCCAAGGCUAAUAAGAAGCAAAAUUAUGACUGAUUCCAAAGAUGGAAGCAUUCCAUCUUGGAUCAAUGGGAGGAGUAGCUCAUCUAAAUCAAGUCCCAACGCCACAUACCCCGAUUCCCAGAACCUUCAUACCAAGAUCAAUACAUCAAACGAUCCUUCAAAUAUCAGUUCGUUUUAUCGAAAAUUCCACCAGCUCCAGAAGCUCAUGGACGAGGACUUAUCGAGCGAGAGUUCUUCUCUUCUCAGUAACUCUGAUGAAACUUCAUGCAGUACUAACAGCAGCAGUGACUCCACGAACACUGACGACUUACCAGAGUUUAUUUACAGCGAUUCUGGAUGCAGUUGGAACGGUUUUCAUAAUGCUUCUGAUAUAGACGCAUCGUUACCAUCCUCGUCUUCGUCCUCCCCACUUUUGCAUCCAGCUCAUUCGAGCCGAUGCUCACCAGUUGGUCCUAAAACAACAGAGAAACCUCGUCCCAAUCUCUCGAGUAGGAAAGAAUCUAACUGUAGGGAAGAAAGUGUGCAUUUGAUGGAGGGUAAAGAUGGUGUUUGGUUGCAUUCUGACCGUAGCAGACAAGGUAGAAAUGUAGUGAGUAAUGGUAGUUGGAGAAGAGAAAGGUAAAAAAAGGUAAAUAUUUGAUAAUGAAAAUGUAUACUGAGCUCAGAGGUGAGUAAAUAGUACUUAGGAAAUGCUUAGAGAGCUGAUUCUUUUUGAAAGGGUCAGCUGUUAAUAUUUUGUUACUCGCAUCUGAUAUUAUUAUUAUUAUUAUUCAUUACGGUUAAUAAUAAGAUCUUCAACUUUUAGAAUAAA